GUUUGUGCCAUAUUGGAAUGAGGUCGUGAACGACUAGGCGGAAAGAGACGGCAUCUAAAACCGACUUGAAAAACUAUUUACUGGUAAGAAUCAGAUUUUGUGACCAAAUACUCACAUACAAUAUUUUGUUUAUUAAGAUCUUAAUAUGAUAUAAUACAUUUUGGUGCUGUCUGCGUCUUUUUUCCCGUCUCUAUAAAAGAUGACUCGGGCUCGGUCGAGUGCAAGCGCCGGUAUUGCUUAGUAUAGCCUAUCGCUCAAGCCAUGACGUUCAGUAACUUGACUUAGUCACAGGCGUUUUUAGCAUGUGCGGAAUCAGCCGCAUUCUACUGCGGUGCGGUUGGCAUCUGAACUGACCUAUAUGGCAUAAACACAGAGAGGCUAUGAAAUACAUGUUCUUUAUUGCGUUCGGUGUUCUUCUCUUUAGUGCACGUUCCAGUGUGAAAGUUGGAUCAUCGGUGCUCGUGCGUUCAAAGCUAUUGCGUUAACAUCCAUAUUGCGCUAAGUAACCUAUUGAGCUUCUAUCGGAAAUUCCCUCAAAUUUUGUUAAUGUACUUAAUGCAUUUAUUUAGUUGGAUAUCGCUCCUAUAUAAUAAAGGUUGCACAAGCUUGAUGGACAUCUGCGGGUGUAUUUUACAAAUAGCCUAGCGAUCUUUUUAUUUUUUUAUUUUUUAUUUUUUUAAUUGUAGUUGAUUGAAUAAGCCUAACAGAUAGGGCCUAAAUUAUCCUAUACACAUUGCCAUUUCCACGUAGGCUACCCUAAGCACUAAGCUGCCUAUUUCUCUACAGCUCCAACUUCCCAGUUAUGCAACUUGAGUGAUCGCAGCAACAUUGUUUCAAUUGACCUGCCGCAAUAAACUGCAACAUUGUUUCAAUUGACGUGCAUCUAUAGCCUAAAAUGCUAAAUUGUUUCUUCUGACUUGUCGAUGAAAUAGCAAUACGAAGUGUUUUUUCCUUAACUUUUAUAUUUACAUCUGCCAUUGGUUAAUUAAGUUGGAACUAUUUAUGGUCAGGCUCUUCUAUGGCCAUUUACACGAAAAAUCCAGUUCAAAUAACAGUUUAAACACUGCAACAACACUGGGGCAACAACAGUGGGACACCAACACUGCCCUCUGACGUGCGAGGCCCCUACUUGACAUAGGCAACAUGUAACCCUGAAAUACAAUCUCUCAAAUAACAAGUAGCCUAUGUGAAGGCGAAUUGCUGACAAUAAGGAAUCAUAAACACACAGGCUAAUAUUAUUGUAAUUGUGUUCCACUUGAUGAAAAUACUCCCAAUAGUCUAACUGUAUUCUUGACAUAAACCCAUGUCCUCAAGACUUCACUUUAAUUGAAAGUACAUUUCUCAAACCCUUGUGUGUCCAAUUAAUGCAUUUAUUUUGCUUGCAUUACCUGCCCAGAGAUCACUCAGGACUUCAUUCAGUCAGUGGCAUGUUAAAAAUCUGCUUGUGUUUGUGUAUGCAUUCUAGUUUCUCUUUCAGGGCGAGUCAGGGUAUUUCUGCUGGUGUAUCUUCUGGUGGAGAGAGUCAAACAGGCAGGCAUCCUGGUGGUGUGUGUGGGUACUGGCUAGGUCUCUUUCAAACGAUAGGGGAAGUUGUUGGUCUUCCUGUUCACUUUGGUGAUGAAGUGACAGUUUGUUAAACAGAAUGAGCUAUGAAGUCCCAGAAAUGUCAGCAUAAUAAAAUAAUCUUUCAUCAACCCCCUCAUCCUUCCCUUCUCAGCUUCAUUCUAAUUUGUCUAUAUCAUAUUAAAAUAAACUUGCUGACAUUUUCAAUCUUUAUCAACAACUUUUAGAAUACUUUUUUGGGCUCAUCGGGUAUUAGAAUACACCUCAACACUGAGGGCUGGCUCUUUGAAAAUGGCUAAAUGGCUCUGCUGCUCUUUUUAUCCUCCCUAGUGUGAGACCAGAGUAUGACCUCCAGCACAAUGAGGCCCUUUACGCUGUCUGUGAAUGUCCAAAGAUUCAGUUGGGCUUGGUUGGAUAGCUCUGUGUGUGUGUGUGUGUGUGUACUCUGAGGGCGGCAGGGUUGUGGGUGAAAGGAUGGGCUGAUCCUGGGUCGCGGUGUCCGGGCGGUGGUCAGAAGGACCCUGUCUGACGGCUGUCUCUACUUUAAUAGAGACAUCAGAUUUGACAAAGACUGGUCUGACAGCCCUGCUGAAUGGAGCAGCAGUGACAGAGCAGCUAUCCUCCGCAUCCUUUACACAAACCUAUCAGCUAUUGUCAUCUCCAAUGCUCUCUCAUGCUCAGUAUAUAAAUGCCAUUUCUCUUUUAUGUUAAAUUAUUUAAUAUGCUUUGUUGUCACUCUGGCUAUAAGCCUACAGCUCAACUUUGGUUCAAAGUUGUCGUCUCUUUAAGAGGCCCCACUCAUGCUUUUAGAAAUUUAGCAAGAGGGAUAAUUUGUAUUUUCAAAACCCUUACCUAAAUAUUCUCAGUUUCACUUCUCUCUCACACAUUAACUAAACUUUGUUUAUGCUUUUAUUUCGCAAGCCCCCUCACCUUUCACAAAAAUGUUAUGUAAUCACUGGACAAAUUACAUCCCUUUCACCAGCUAUACCACUUUUAACAACCACCUACUAUUCUUACUUGCUCUCCUGAUUUUUGCUGUCAAACACAAAUAAUAAUCCAGCUCUCCUUUCUUCCCCAGAGCUUCUAGACUUGGCUUGUAGGAGGAGCCGACAUGAGUCAUGAGUCGCUGGAGUCUGGUGAGAAACAACAUGGACCUACAGCUUUGUUACUGGUGAAGAGGGCUUUCAACAUAACAAAAUUAACUGAACUGGUGUGUGUGUGUUGCAGAUGGGGACUCUAGUCAGCAUGUGUCUGACUUUAACUGGGAUGACUAUCUGGAGGAAAAUGGGACAGUGUCUGUGCCCCACCAUGCCUUCAAACACGUAAGUAUUGAGACUGCUCACACUCCUCUCAUAACCACACACAAUAUUCACACUCUUAAUCCCAAAUUCACCUUAUAAGAUAUUUUCCUAUUUAAUUCUCCCCAGGUGGAUCAGGGCAUGCAGACAGGUCUGACUCCAGGUAUGAAGCUGGAGGUGUGUGUGCGUUCGGAGCCCGACCAACCCUACUGGCUGGCGACCAUCAUCACCACCUGUGGCCAGCUGCUCCUCCUGCGCUAUGAGGGUUACCACGAUGACCGCCGCGCUGAUUUCUGGUGUGACAUCAUGACGGCGGACCUCCACCCCCUGGGCUGGAGCCGGCAGCAGGGCAAACCCAUGAGACCCCCCGAGGGUAAGAGAACUAUGGCCGGGGAGGGAACUCAGUUGGACGGGUGUUGUUAAAAAAUUAAUAAAGUUCAUCUGAAGAAGUUGUAUAAUUAUCUUUCCACUCCCUGUUAUUACAGUGAAAUCUAAAACGUGGUUUUCUAAAGAAAUUCCGGAGGCUUCUUUCCAUAUUCUGUAACCGUGCCUCUCCAUCGCCCCCCUCAGGUGUGAGAGAGAAGCAGCCAGACUGGCAGGGUGUCCUGGAGAAAGCCCUGGCUGAGAAGUGCAGUGCACCUGCCAACCUUCUGGAAGGGGUAAGGGGGUGCUCAGUUAUAAACUGGAACAACUGGGAAGGUAUGACAGAUAAGCAUGGGUUUUGAACUCCUUACGUGAGUUCUUACACGUCUGUGUGUGUGUGUGUGUGUGUGUGUAUGUAGCCCCAGCGUGGUAAGGACCCGGUGGACCUGCUGUCUCCAGGCUGCAGUGUGGAGCUGCAGGACCGUGUUGACCCUGGGGUGGCGUGGGGUGCUGAGGUGGAGGAGAAUGUGGGUGGCAGGCUGAGACUACGCCUAGUGGGCACAGAGGGGCUCCCUGAAACACACUCCACCCUCUGGCUCUACUACCUGCACCCCCACCUCCACCCACCUGGCUGGGCCAAGGAGCAUGGCUGCACCCUCACGCCUCCUUCAGGUAAGCUGAUCAUCUUUUCAAAAAGACCUUGGGGAAAUUCAAUUUUAACCUUUUCACGCGUGAGUUCCAAAAAUCUCUAACGGUCGCCCCAGCAUGAGUUUUUUUAUGCGCGUGAUGUCAGAAUGCACUCACUGUUCCAAAAUGUGAUUGUUACGCAACAGGACAGUUAACCCGCGCUGUCCUCAAACCAAAGCACGCUGCCUGCUAAUUAUCUAUAGGCUAUGUUUCAACUUGUCAAUUUCAAAUGAUUUUCUAACAAGUGUUUCUUUUGAACAACAGUUUGAAUUGAGGUGUGUUCUGCCUCCUCAUUAAUUCACAUAGGAGUAGCCCGUUUCACUGUUGCGGACAAUUUAUGUUUGAGGCUUUACUGAACUGGACAAACUUCUCCCUUGGAGGAGAGCCCAAGCACUUCCCCAGUGUUUCCAGAUCAAGUAUGCAGACAUUUGCGCAUCUCCAGUCAUCUCCUGGGACAUUAUCCAGCUUGCGGCCACAUUGCCUUGAUUGUUGUUUUCCUUACAAAUAAUAACUUUGGACGUGUGCGUUCCUAUCAACGUAAGUUCCUUAUUACUUUAUCAUUAUAGUUUCUGUAUCGUCUUGUCAUUUCUACUGUAGCACACUGUAUGUAUGUAUGGAGCAUAAUGGAUUUACUGUUUUAUUCACGUUUUCAAGUACUGGUGACAAAUCAUGCAUUCCGAUUCUUGCAUAGAUUGUAAUGGAGACACACUAUAUAUACAAAAGUAUAUGGACACCCCUUCAAAUUAGUGGAUUUGGCUAUUUCAGCCACACCCGUUGCUGACAGGCGUAUAAAAUCGAGCACACCACCAUGCAAUCUCUAUAGACAAACAUUGGCAGUAGAAUGGCCUUACUGAAGAGCUCAUUGACUUUCAACGUGGCACCGUCAUAGGAUGCCACCUUUCCAACAAGUCAGUUCGUGUUAUUGUGAAGUGGAAACGUCUUGGAGCAACAACGACUCAGCCGUGAAGUGGUAGGCCACACAAGCUCACAGAACAGGACCACCGAGUGCUGAAGCGCGUAUUGCGAAAACAUCGUCUGUCGUUCGUUGGGAGCUUCAUGAAAUGGGUUUCCAUGGCCGAGCAGCCGCACACAAGCCUAAGAUCACCAUGCGUAAUGCCAAGUGUUGGCUGGAGUGAUGUAAAGCUCGCUGCCACUGGACUCUGGAGCAGUGGAAACGCGUUCUCUGGAGUGAUGAAUCACACUUCACCAUCUGGCAGUCCAACGGACGAAUCUGAGUUUGUCAGAUGCCAAGAGAACGCCACUUGCCCUAAUGCAUAGUGCCAACUGUAAAGUGGGGUGGAGGAGGAAUAAUGGUCUGGGGCUGUUUUUCAUGGUGUGGGCUAGGCCCCUUAGUUCCAGUGAAGGGAAAUCUUAGCGCUACAGCAUACAGUGACAUUCUAGAUGAUUCUGUGCUUCCAACUUUGUGGCAACAGUUUGGGGAAGGCCCUUUCCUGUUUCAGCAUGACAAUGCCCCAGUGCACAAAGCGAGGUCCAUACAGAAAUGGUUUGUCAAGAUCGAUGUGGAAGAACUUGACUGGCCUGCACAGAGCCCUGACCUCAACCCCAUCGAACACCUUUGGGAUGAAUUGGAAUGCUGAUUCCGAGCCAGGCCUAAUUGUCCAGGCCUAAUUGUCCAACAUCAAUGCUCAACCUCACUAAUGCUCUUGUGGCUGAAUGGAAGCAAGUCCCCGCAGCAAUGUUCCAACAUCUAGUGGAAAGCCUUCCCAGAAGAGUGGAGGCUGUUAUAGCAGCAAAGGGGGACCAACUCCAUAUUAAUGCCCAUGAUUUUAGAAUGAGAUGUUCGACGAGCAGGUGUCCACAUACUUUUGGUCAUGUAGUGUAUGAUGUGUGUAAAAUACUUUCUGGAAGGUUGUACUGAUUAUGAUGAGCUAAUGCUAUCGUUACUCCAGGUUGCCAGCUUAUACCCCCCGCCAGCUCAUACCCCCCUUCCAGAGUUUAAUUUUAUUUAGCUGAUAAACUUAUCCUGUGUUUGCCCCCCAUUUAUUGAUAUAUCCCCCAUCAUAGUAAUAUUUUCUGCAUCAUAUCCCCCCACGAUACCUUCCCCCAUUUCUACCCCUCAUUGACUUGAAAUCCCCCACAAAUGAAAUGAACCCCACCACAAACCAUCCUAAAAUGGUUUCAACUAUAUCUGGCAACCCUGUUUAGCUUUCGCACUAUGGUUAGGCUAGGCAGUAGGCUUGUAUUUGGGGUGAUGAUCUGUGAGGUGAUAACAUUUUAUUUGCUUUGUGAUUUGUCAAACACUGUAAACGACUUACCAGGUCAUGUGCUCCGGUUCUUGUAUACACUGUAACAACUACAUCGAAUAUUUAUAAUAUGCUGAAAGUGGCCAAACUAAGUUCAUAUUUGGCGCAGCCAUCUUUCACUUUGACUUUAUUUAUUUGUGUUUUAUAGUGAAUGGCAUUCUGGGAUUACGGAGUUUUCACUUGUCAAACAUAAACAAACAUGGCUGCCAUCAUAAAGAAUGUAGCCGCUGUUGGCUUAGCUGACACGCAUCUCUUUUCUAAACAAUAUUACGUUUCUCCAUGUGCUCACCAGAGAUGUGGUACAUUGUAAACAAUUCUAGCUGUUAGGUCGCUAACCGGUUGUUGUUGUUUUUGUCAGCGCAACCUGUUAUUUAGACUGGUUUAUGGAAUGAGUUUGGCUGUGGAUGCGUUCCGUGUGACGCUUGGAUGAUGAAGUUCGCAUUUAUCUUUUACAAUAAAAGGUGAAAUUGAGGAAUAAAGUUGUGAAUACCUUUUAUUUCCCAUCAGUACAAAACAAUGUUUUGAUGCUUUUCAGACAACAAUGCCGUUUAGGCACGUUUGUUGCAUCAUGCGUUCUGUUGCUACUGUUCCAACCACAUAUUUGCAAUGGUACGCUGCAGGGACCACUCAACAAUGAUCACAAAUAUGUCAUUUUACGCAUCAAAGGGUUACGAUGCAGAAAGCAAAAUAUGAUUUUUGAAUAAAUCGGAGGUUGCGGUUUUUACUGUUUAACAUGAUAAUUUGUGUGUGUGCUUGCUUUUUUCAGCCCUGGUCCCCCUGCACACAGAGGAGAAGUGGGAGGAGGUCAGACAGAGGAUGAUUGAUCAGCCUCAUGGUGAAGCCCUCUUUGAGGAGUUCUAUAAGGUGAAGGCACUACCAAGCAUUAUGUACUAACAUUACAAGUCUGUGGAAUACCUGUGCAAUAUUGAUAUAACAAGCCAUCACUGUGUGGUGUGUGAAUGCUUCAGGACCGGCCUCCCAUCGCUGCCCACUGCUUCACUGAGGGGAUGAAACUGGAGGCUGUUGACCCUGCAUCCCCUUUCUGCAUCAGUCCUGCCACCGUUACCAAGGUAACAACCUCUUUACUGUCCUCCUCUCUCCUCAGGCUCCUGGAUUUGUCUGAAUACGUCCUUCCCAGACCAGAAUUCAUAUGACUGGGUUGGAUGAUGGUUGUACAGUAAUGAAGGCACUCCACCCAACAGUUUCCACCAUAUUGUUGCUGCCUAUUCGGUCCACUCAGAUCAGUGUUCAUCUCAGGGCUAGGAGAGUAGAGAUGAAUCCUGACAUAGUACCCAUGUACACUCUGGAAGUCUAUCCACUCCAAGCAGAAGUGUGUUGUCAGUGAGAUACAGUAUGGUAGUGCAUGUAAGGCUAGCUUUGGUUGUGAUAUGGUCAUGGAGGAAGGGUAGAGUAACUACUGCAUAGAGCCAACAUGAGUAUGAUGUGAUACCCGACCUCUCCUCUUCAGGUGUUCAAUGACCAGUACUUCCUGGUAAAGAUGGACAAUCUCUGUGGUAAUGAUUUGGUGUCAGAUGGCGGUGGGAAUUCCUUCCUGUGUCACAGGGACAGUCCUAGGAUCUUUCCCGUCCAGUGGAGCCUGAAGAACGGCCUCCCGCUCAGCCCCCCACCAGGUCGGGAAACACUAGUAACAUUUACAGAGCUACUUUUAAAACUGUGCUCAACUUUCUUUUAAAACUUUAAGCUAAUUGUAUUGUGGUAUCCCUCUCCCUCUCCUCUCUCUCUCUCACUCUCUCUCUCUCUCUCUCUCAGGGUACCAGGGGCAGGACUUUGACUGGGCAGACUACCUGAAACAGUGUGAGGCUGAGGCAGCACCCCAAAACUGCUUCCCCACAGUGAGUCAAGCGCUGUCUGAAAAAUGGCCUCAUAGAACAAUGCAUGUUAUAACAUGAAUUGUGGGGGAAAAAAGUAUUUAGUCAGCCACCAAUUGUGCAAGUUCUCCCACUUAAAAAGAUGAGAGAGGCCUGUAAUUUUCACCAUAGGUACACGUCAACUAUGACAGACAAAAUGAGAAUUUUUUUCUCCAGACAAUCACAUUGUAGGAUUUUUUAUGAAUUUAUUUGCAAAUGAUGGUGGAAAAUAAGUAUUUGGUCAAUAGCAAAAGUUUCUCAAUACUUUGUUAUAUACCCUUUGUUGGCAAUGACACAGGUCAAACGUUUUCUGUAAGUCUUCACAAGGUUUUCACACACUGUUGCUGGUAUUUUGGCCCAUUCCUCCAUGCAGAUCUCCUCUAGAGCAGUGAUGUUUUGGGGCUGUUGCUGGGCAACACAGACUUUCAACUCCCUCCAAAGAUUUUCUAUGGGGUUGAGAUCUGGAGACUGGCUAGGCCACUCCAGGACCUUGAAAUGCUUCUUACGAAGCCACUCCUUCGUUGCCCGGGCAGUGUGUUUGGGAUCAUUGUCAUGCUGAAAGACCCAGCCACGUUUCAUCUUCAAUGCCCUUGCUGAUGGAAGGAGGUUUUCACUCAAAAUCUCACGAUACAUGGCCCCAUUCAUUCUUUCCUUUACACGGAUCAGUCGUCCUGGUCCCUUUGCAGAAAAACAGCCCCAAAGCAUGAUGUUUCCACCCCCAUGCUUCACAGUAGGUAUGGUGUUCUUUGGAUGCAACUCAGCAUUCUUUGUCCUCCAAACACGACGAGUUGAGUUUUUACCAAAAAGUUAUAUUUUGGUUUCAUCUGACCAUAUGACAUUCUCCCAAUCCUCUUCUGGAUCAUCCAAAUGCACUCUAGCAAACUUCAGACGGGCCUGGACAUGUACUGGCUUAAGCAGGGGGACAAGUCUGGCACUGCAGGAUUUGAGUCCCUGGCGGCGUAGUGUGUUACUGAUGGUAGGCUUUGUUACUUUGGUCCCAGCUCUCUGCAGGUCAUUCACUAGGUCCCCCCGUGUGGUUCUGGGAUUUUUGCUCACCGUUCUUGUGAUCAUUUUGACCCCACGGGGUGAGAUCUUGCGUGGAGCCCCAGAUCGAGGGAGAUUAUCAGUGGUCUUCCAUUUCCUAAUAAUUGCUCCCACAGUUGAUUUCUUCAAACCAAGCUGCUUACCUAUUGCAGAUUCAGUCUUCCCAGCCUGGUGCAGGUCUACAAUUUUGUUUCUGGUGUCCUUUGACAGCUCUUUGGUCUUGGCCAUAGUGGAGUUUGGAGUGUGACUGUUUGAGGUUGUGGACAGGUGUCUUUUAUACUGAUAACAAGUUCAAACAGGUGCCAUUAAUACAGGUAACGAGUGGAGGACAGAGGAGCCUCUUAAAGAAGAAGUUACAGGUCUGUGAGAGCCAGAAAUCUUGCUUGUUUGUAGGUGACCAAAUACUUAUUUUCCACCAUAAUUUGCAAAUAAAUUCAUAAAAUCCUACAAUGUGAUUUUCUGGAUUUUUUUCCCUAUAUGAAAAUGAUGUACCUAUGAUGAAAAUUACAGGCCUCUCUCAUCUUUUUAAGUGGGAGAACUUGCACAAUUGGUGGCUGACUAAAUACUUUUUCCCCCCACUGUAUAGCAUGGGUGAACCGGGACAAUGAAUAAUCUCUCUCUCCUGAUGUCUCUCUAUCUCAGGAACAGUCUGAUCACAGCUUUAAAGAGGCCAUGAAGCUGGAAGCGGUCAACCCACUCUCACCUGAACACAUUCACGUGGCAUCAGUAACCAAGGUCAAAGGGCAACAUAUCUGGCUUGGCCUGGAAGGUGAGAACCUGUAGCUAUGCCUCAUAUCUGGGCCCUGCAUUUUUAAAGCUUAGUUUGAGACCAUUUAAUUGUGAGCUUGUUCACAAUGAUGGUAUUGAUAUUAGAUCAUUAAUAAGUCUACAUCAUUUUUCUCUCUGUGUGUCCAGGGCUGAAACAGGCUAUGCCAGAGCUUAUAGCUCAUGUGGACUCGUUGGACAUCUUCCCUGUCAGCUGGUGUGAGACCAACGGUUACCCUCUGCUGUACCCCAUCAAGCCCGAAGGUGGGCGUCCCAAAAUAGUAUCCCUCUGUGUUCCUCUCUAAUCUGAAGGGGUGCCAUGCCACAAUAUGCAUGGAAGUGUUAAUAUUGCAGUCACCAUAUUUGACAGUACCGUGUAUAGUUUUAGUAGUUUUAUUCAUGGUGAUUAUACAUUGUCUUACAGUUGAGAAGCAGAGGAGGAUUGCUGUGGUGCAGCCUGAGAAACAGUAAGUAGGCCUAUGGGAAAGGAAGGACUCUAUCAUUGGCUGUUUGUCCACUUUUGAUUGGUUAACAUUCUAAUCCCAUGCACUUUGACCCCUAACCUGUAUCUUUGUCCCUAAAGCCGAGCACCACCCAAAUCCUCAACACCUGACUCACUCAAGCAGCAGAUGACCAGCCAAUCAGCAACUGGUGAGUGUUCUCUUUCUCAUCUAGACAUCCUGGAGAAAUACAUUAGGAUUGUUUCUAAGGUGAGGCACAGCUCUUACAUUGUGUGUGUUGUUUUGUGUACAGGACAGGGGAACGGGAAGUACUGCUGUCCCAAGAUCUACUUCAACCACCGCUGCUUCUCUGGCCCCUACCUGAACAAGGGCCGCAUCGCUGAGCUUCCCCAGUUUGUCGGCCCUGGCAACUGUGUUCUGGUGCUCAAAGAGGUGAGGAGCACCUGAGUGGGAUUGGAACAACUAUACUAUACAGUGUUAUAACUAUAUAUUACAAUAUACUCCAAAGUAAACUAAAAUCUCCUAAGGGCAGUUGGUAAUAGGGCGAAAUUGUAGUAUGCCAAAAGAUCCCUUCUCACGUCCCACUUAGACUGGGAAUAGUAUCCAUGCUAACCCCUUCAUGUCUCUCUCCGUCUCCCUGUGUGCUGUCCAGGUGUUGACUCUGCUGAUCAACUCUGCCUACAAGCCCAGCCGGGUGCUCAGGGAACUGCAGCUGGACCAGGAGGGCCGCUGGCACGGCCAUGGAGAGACGCUCAAAGCCAAGUGAGGAACACAUUCUCUAUCAUAACGUCAUUAAGAUCACCUCAUGCACUUUGUAACUUUUCUGCUCAUAUUUGUGAUUGAGUUGAUGAUUAAAGUGUGUACUGGGCCUGGCUAAGCGUUCCUAGCGUUGCUAACCUGAAGAUCUGUUUUUGACCGGCAGGUACAAGGGAAAGAGUUACCGGGCUACAGUGGAGAUAGUGCGUACAGCAGACUGCGUGGCUGAGUUUUGUAGGAAGACCUGCAUCAAGCUGGAGUGUUGCCCAAACCUGUUCGGACCUCGCAUGGUUCUGGAGCGCUGCACAGAGAACUGUUCUGUGCUCACCAAGACCAAAUACAGUAUGUGUCACCAGUGCUUGACUUGGACUGAAAUACAGUACCAGUCAAAGUUUGGACACACCUACUCAUUCAAGGGUUUUUCUUUCUUUUUAGUAUUUUCUAUAUUGUAGAAUAAUAGUGAAGACAUCAAAACUAUGAAAUAACACAUAUGGAAUCAUUUAGUAACCAAAAAAGUGUUAAACAAAUCAAAAUAUAUUUUAGAUUCUUCAAAGUAUCCACCCUUUGCCUUGAUGACAGCUUUGCACACUCUUGGCAUUCUCUCAACCAGCUUCAUGAGGAAUGCUUUUCCAACAGUCUUGAAGGAGUUCCCACAUAUCCCAAACCAUCUCAAUUGGGUUGAGGUCGGGUGAUUGUGGAGGCCAGAUCAUCUGAUGCAGCACUCCAUCACUCUCCUUGGUCAAAUAGCCCUUACACAGCCUGGAGGUGUGUUUUGGGUCAUUGUCCUGUAGAAAAACAAAUGACAGUCCCACUAAGCGCAAACAAGAUGGGAUGGCGUAUCGCUGCAGAAUGCUGUGGUAGCCAUGCUGGUUAUGUGUGCCUUGAAUUCUAAAUAAAUCACAGACAGUGUCACCAGCAAAGCACCCUCACACCACCUCCUCCAUGCUUCACGGUGGGAACUACACAUGCAAUGAUCAUCCGUUCACCUACUCUGCGUCUCACAAAGACACGGCGGUUGGAAUCAACAUUCUCAAAUUUGGACUCAGACCAAAGGACAGAUUUUCACCGGUCUAAUGUCCAUUGCUCGUGUUUCUUGGCCCAAGCAAGUCUCUUCUUCUUAUUGGUGUCCUUUAGUAGUGGUUUCUUUGCAGCAAUUCGACCAUGAAGGCCUGAUUCACACAGUCUCCUCUGAACAGUUGAUGUUGAGAUGUGUCUGUUACUUGAACUCUGUGAAGCAUUUAUUUGGGCUGCAAUCUGAGAUGCAGUUAACUCUAACUUAUCAUCUGCAGCAGAGGGAACUCUGGGUCUUCCUUUCCUGUGGCGGUUCUCAUGACAGCCAGUUUCAUCAUAGCGCUUGAUAGAUUUUGCGACUGCACUCGAAGAAACUAAAAGUUAUUGAAAUUUUCCAGAUUGACUGACCUUCAUGUCUUAAAGUAAUGAUGGACUGUCAUUUCUCUUUGCUUAUUUGAGCUGUUCUUGCCAUAAUCUGGACUUGGUCUUUUACCAAAUAGGGCUAUCUUCUGUAUACCACCCCUACCUUGUCACAACACAACUGAUUGGGUCAAACGCAUUAAUAAGGAUAUAAAUUCCACAAAUUAACUUUUAACAAGGCACACCUGUUAAUUGAAAUGCAUUCCAUGAAGCUGGUUGUGAGAAUUCCAAGAGUGUGCAACGGGUGGCUACUUUGAAAAAUCUCAAAUAUAUUUUGAUUUGUUCAACACUUUUUUGGGUUACUACAUGUUUCCAUAUGUGUUAUUUCAUAGUUUUGAUGUCUUCACUAUUAUUCUACAAUGUAGAAAAUAAUCAAAAGAAAGAAAAACCCUUGAAUGAGUAGGUGUGUCCAAACUUUUGACUGGUACAGUAGGUGCCGGUACUCAUUUUGGGUACUGUUUAUAUUUAGAUGCAGGUGCUCCACAAUACUUUUGAGCUAAUAUUCUAGAAGCGGGACAGGAGCUCAAGCAGUAGAACAUUUGAGGUGCCUUACUCAGCUCCGGUGAGCCCCUGCCCAAGUCAAGCACCUAAUCAGUCACUCUAGAUCAAAUGCAUAUCUGUGAAAACUGGUAUUAAAACAUCUGGUGUUAUUGAGAUAAAGGGUCACUCAAAGCUGAUAUGCAGGGAAAAAAUAUAUAGGGGAACCAGUGUCUGUUUUUAUGUGUACUUCAUUAUGCAUCUAUGUCUAUGGUAAAGUAUUGGAUGCAUAAUGCUCAGGAGGACUAAGAUUGUAAUAUUGAUUUGUUCUCUGCAGCUUAUUACUAUGGUAAGAAGAAGAGUAGGCGAGUUGGCCGCCCACCAGGGGGGCACUCUAACCUGGAAGGGGGGGUGAAGAUGAGAGGUAGGAGGAGGAAGAGGAGGAAGCAACUCUUCGUCCAUAAGAAGAGACGCUCCUCAGCCUCACUUGACAACACACCUGCCGGUUCACCACAGGUAACACACACACACACACACACACACACACACACACACACACACACACCCAGACAUCUUUAAACUGAACCAUCCCUUUUCUCUAACACAGGGGAGUGGAGAGGAGGAGGAUCUGGAUGAUGACUCUCUGAGUGACGAUACUGGCUCUGAACUCCAGGAUGAUCAGGAUGAUUCAGAAUAUUCCAUUGGGAAGUCACAACCACCCACCCCGUCCCCGUCUCCUCCCACAACGCCCAGGCCAACCCGAAAGCGCAGGAAACCUCGCUCCCCAUCCUACUCUGAUGAUGAAAAUCACCCACCUUCACCAAAGGUAAACUACUGUGCUUUGACUUCUUGUUUGUUCACUGUUAAUAUAUAGUACGUUGCAUUGUCUAGACCUUAUUGUCCCUGUUAAAGAUAAACACCAUAAUUAACUGCAUCUUUGUGUCUUGCAUGUGUUUUGCAGCACUCGAGAGGUGAGGCUCCCCAGAAGCUGUGUUUGGACACCAGUCCCCUGGAGUGGAGUGUGACUGAUGUGGUGCGUUUCAUCAGGACCACCGACUGUGCUCCCCUGGCUCGCAUUUUCCUGGAUCAGGUAAUAAUUGUAUAUAUACAUACAUACAUACAUACAUACAUACAUACAUACAUACAUACAUACAUACAUACAUACAUAUCAUUCAUUCAUUCAUUCAUUCAUUCAUUCAUUCAUUCAUUCAUUCAUUCAUUCAUUCCAGGGUUUAUUUUACUAUUUUCUACAUUGUAGAAUAAUAGUGAAGACAUCAAAACUAUGAAAUAACACAUAUGAAAUAAUGUAGUAACCAAAAAAGUGAUAAACAAAUCAAAAUAUAUUUGAGAUUUGAGAUUCUUCAAAGUAGCCUCCCUUUGCCUUGAUGACAGCUUUGCACACUCUUGGCAUUCUCUCAACCAGCUUCAUGAGAUAGUCACCUGGAAUUCAUUUCAAAUAACAGGUGUGCCUUGUUAAAAGUUAAUUUGCGGAAUCUAUAUCCUUAUUAAUGCGUUUGACCCAAUCAGUUGUGUUGUGACAAGGUAGGGGUGGUAUACAGAAGAUAGCCCUAUUUGGUAAAAGACCAAGUCUAUAUUAUGGUAAGAACAGCUCAAAUAAGCAAAGCGAAACGACAGUCCAUCAUUACUUUAAGACGUGAAGGUCAGUCAAUCUGGAAAAUGUCAAGAACUUUUCAUGUUUCUUCAAGUGCAGUCGCAAAAACCAUCAAGCUUUAUGAUGAAACUGGCUCUCAUGAGGACUGUCACAGGAAAGGAAGACCCAUAGUUACCUCUGCUGCAGAGGAUAAGUUAGAGUUAACUGCACCUCAGAUUGCAGCCCAAAUACAUGUUUCACAGAGUUCAAGUAACAGACACAUCUCAACAUGAACUGUUCAGAGGAGACUGCGUGAAUCAGGCCUUCAUGAUCGAAUUGCUGCAAAUAAACCAUUACUAAAGGACACCAAUAAUAAGAAGAGACUUGCUUGGGCCAAGAAACACGAGCAAUGGACAUUAGACCGGUGGAAAUCUUUUCUUUGGUCUCGAUGAGUCCAAAUUUGAGAUUUUUGGUUCCAACCGCCGUGUCUUUGUGAGACGCAGAGUAGGUGAACGGAUUAUCUACACAAGCGUGGUUCCCACCGUGAAGCAUGGAGGAGGAGGUGUGAUGGUGCUUUGCUGGUAACACUGUCUGUAAUUUAAAACCCUGGAAUGAGUAGGUGUUCUAAAACUUUUGACUGGUACUGUAUAUUCACACACACACACACACACACACACACAAACACAAACAAUUAUCUUGACUGUGUAACUGUGUUUACACUGUGGUCUAAAUCCAUGACCAUUGUUGUCUAACCCCAUGGCUGUGCUUGUGUUUUCAGGAGAUUGAUGGACAGGCUCUGCUCCUUCUCAACCUGCCCACGGUGCAGGAGUGUAUGGACCUGAAACUGGGACCAGCCAUAAAGCUGUGUCACCAUAUCGAAAGGGUCAAACUGGCAUUCUACCAGCAAUUUGCUACGUAG